AUGAAGAAAUCGGAAAAAGUAUCAGAAAGGAAAGUCUUCUCAGCUGCAGAUGACUCUAAAAGUUCUGUGCGCCUCUUGGACCCUGAAGUCACUGCCAACCAGAUGCUUUAUGUCAAACCACAUCAGGAAAAACUCUCACCAACAUGCUGCUCAGAGUGCGGAGGUGGACCAGAGAGCCAUGAGUCAGGGAGCUGGCCACCUCGUGUGGGGCAGCAUGUCGAGCUGAUGGACCACAGGCAGCUACGAGAUACUGGAGCAAGUUUUUCCAGGAUGAAUUUCCAUCAUCCCCCUCCCAGUAGCUGGGGCCCACUACCUGCAGACCCCAGACAGAGUCACAGCUGCUGGGACUGUGGACCAAACCAGUGUGGAGCAGCAGGGCCUGCAAACAGGGACACGGCUGGAGGGGAGUAUGAAGACAAUUCUCAGCUUCAGAGCGAUGAAGAAGAGCUUGAGCCUCCGCUGCCGCUGAGAUCUGAUGACGAGUGGCAACACAACAGCCCCUUUCCACCUCCUCACCACUAUACACACAACUAUGGACUUCAUCACACUGCGGAGGGCCGGUAUUAUCCCCCUGCAGCAGAAGGGCAGUACGACCUCAGAUUCCCCCCUCAGCCUCGCCCCCCCGUCUCUGCCCCCAGCCAGCACAGAAGACCCUGUGAUGCCCCCCCCACGUGGUUCCAACGUCACGAUAGCUGUAUGAGCGACGGUGGGGCACAGGCAGGCGUCUCGGUUAACGUGCCGCAGUUCUCCGUCCCCCCCGUCAUGGGCAUGUCCCAGGUCAGUGUGAUGAACCUGAGCCGUGCAGGAGCCGAGGCGCCCGGGUCCCAUCCACUGGAGAGAAGAAGGACCGUCAGUCUGCCCGACGAGUGCCGAAACAUUUUUAUCACGUAUUCUUCUGACGUGUGCUCAGAGAUGGUUCCUUUCGUGGACUUCCUCACAAAGCAAGGUUUUCGUCCGGCUAUCGACCUAUUUGACGACCCUAUAAGAAGCCUGGACAUCAACAAGUGGAAGGACAGGUACUUAAAAGACCCGUCGUACCUGAUUAUCAUCGCCAUCAGUCCAAAGUAUAGAGCGGAUAUCGAAGGCUUGGUAGUGGACAGCCUCGCCCUUCACACUAAAUAUAUCCACUCCAUGAUGCAGAAUGAAUUCAUCCAACAAGGCAGCUUGAACUUUAGAUUCAUACCGGUUCUCUUCCUCAGUGCCUCCCAGAAGCACGUCCCCAGUUGGCUUCAGAACACACACGUUUACCGCUGGCCUCACGACACUGAGGAUUUGCUGCUGCGCCUGCUGAGGGAGGAGAGAUACGUUCCUCCCCCUGUUCCGAUGGAGCUCACCCUCAUCAUCAGGCCUGUGGCCCCGAGUGCUGCAGCCACACUGUGA